AUGACAUGGGGUGGGAAAAAAGCGGGGUGGGAGGACGCGGGUGGGAUAAAGCGGGUGGGAGAAAGCGGGGUGGAGAAAGCGGGUGGGGAAAAGCGGGUGGGAAAAGCGGGUGGGAAAAAGCGGGUGGGAAAAAGCGGGUGGGAAAAGCGGUGGGAAAAAGCGGGGGGAAGCGGGGGGGGGAAGCGGUGGGGAAGGCGGGUGGGGAAAAAGCGGGGUGGGAAAAGCGGUGGGAAAAGCGGGUGGGAAAAAGCGGGUGGGAAAAAGCGGGGGGAAAAGCGGGGGGGGGGGAAAGCGGGGGGGGGGGGGAAGGCGGGGGGGGGGGGGGAAAAGCGGGUGGGGAAGGGGGGGGGGGAAAGGCGGGGGGGGAAAAGCGGGGGGGGGGAAAAAGCGGGGGGGGGGGGGAGCGGGGGGGGGGAAGGGGGGGGGGGGGGGGAAAAGCGGGGGGGGAAAAAGCGGGUGGGAAAAAGCGGGUGGGAAAAGCGGGGGGUGGGAAAAGGGUUGGAAAUGGUCCCGUGGCACGAGCCUGCGAGAGAAAACCACCGCCGCGCACGGGUCGCUAAGAGCGGGGGGUCGCUGGGGACGGGGGGGGGGAAAGCGUUUAAGCGCGCUACUGCUGGACGGGGGUUUGGUGCCCCGCCUUCACGCGGUGUCCCCCUCUCUAACCGCCACGUCACAUGCUCUUCCGGGCAGAUGCCGCUGCAGACUCUAAGCUUGGAACGGACGAGUCAUCUAUGUGGCAGGCGAAGGGUCUCGCAGGGGCCGGUGGGACUUCUGACUGACACGGCGGAUGCGCAACGUGCAGCAGGAGAGGCGUUGACAGCAACAAGGAUAGAGGCGACGGGCGAGCUUGGGGAGAGAGGCGAGGCGGAGGGGGUGGGCGGGGGAGCGGGGCAGAUGGGGCGAGGCAAGCGGUGGUGGUGGGGGGUGAUUGACGCGCACAAGCUCACAAACGCCAUCGCCCACCUUUUGGUGAUCGGCGCUCACAAGCUCACCAACGCCAUCGCCCACCGACCUCCCGGCACGCCUCUCUCACGGUGGCCAAUCACGUGGCAGCAAUGGACGACCCGCUGGUCAUGGCAGCAGUGGUGCCGCCAUCCUCCCUCAUGCUCGCCCGCUCCCGCCCGCCUCUCCUCCGCUGGACCCUCUGUGCCUCCGACGCUGCUUCUCCUCGCCUCUCCUCUCUCUCUCCUCUCGCGCCUUCUUCACCUCACUGCGGGCGCGUUACCAGUGGAGCGGGGAGGGGGAAUCCAGCAGCCAGUGAGUGGGAGUUGGGAUUGGACUGGGGGGGACUUGUUGUGUGGACCUCCCUCCCGCGUUCUUUCUUCUCCACUCCUCUGCACGCCAUGCACCUCCCUCCCCUCUCCCCCCCUCCCCCCAACCAACCCCCUCGGAACUCUCUUUCCCUCACCUCCCGCCCCACUCCGCCUGAGUGUGCUAGCGCAUGCUCAGGCGCCCUGCAUCGGCUGCACUGCAGCAGCACAGCGCCUAGAUGAAAACGAGUGGGUGCACUCCCUCCCGCCUCCACCCCAACCCCCUGCAGGCAUGGUAGCAGCAGCCGAGCGGCUGAGCGCGGGCGGGCGGGCGGGCGGGUGGGUGCGCAUUGGGUGGGGCUUGCCUCAGACCAGCCAUGUGUCGCUCACUAGGGCUGUCGGACCUCUUUCCCUCUCUUCGCACACCUUUAUCCUCCUGCAGGGCAUGGUAGCAGCGGCACAGCAGCUGAGCAACGGCGGGGUGGUGCACAUCUUCCCCGAGGGCACUCGCUCGCUGGAUGGCGGCCGCACCGUUGGCCCCAUGCGCCGAGGCGUGGCGUGUCAUGACCCUCCCCGCCCAUGGUUGUUCCGCCAGGCUGGCAGCGCAGUGCACUGUGCCUCCCCUCAUCAUCCCGGUGGUGCAUGUCGGCAUGCACCGCGUGCAAGCUAG